AUGGACCAGCCAACGCUGGCGAUGAAGAAGAAGGAGGAGGCGGUCGCGACCCCUGGGGCCCAGCAGCCUGCCGCGGCCGCGCCACCUCUGGUGCGGAAGGACGGUGGCGGUUCCCGCGCCUCGGCGGCCGGGUCAUCCUCGCGAGAUUCAGAGGCCCGGCCUCAGGAGAAGGAGAUUUCCAUGGCCAAGCCAGCUCCGGAGGUGCCUGCCCCCAGCUCGCCUGCUGGGGCUCCGAAGGCUCAGGAGCCCCCAGCCUCUUCUGCUGCCGCCAACCUGCAGGCCUUGGCGUCGGUGCUGCCUCCUCCUCCUCUUCCCGCCACGCCGUUGGGUCGUGACCCUUCCGCCUCGCCUGACGCUCUGGAAGAAGCCCUUCCUGUGCUGACCCAGCUUUGGGAUGACCUUCAAGGCGCCGACAGCUGCCUGGCGUCGGGGCGCCUGGAGCUGAUCUCGGGGUGGCUGCAAUCCGACGCGUCUGCCGUGGCCGCCCGCGACACGGCGCUGAAGGAUGCCGAAUCUGCCAAGGAGCGCCGCUGGGUGGUGGAGGCCGAGCUGGAGAAGCCGCGCAACGAGCGUGCCGCCGAGACGCGGCAGCGCGAGGCGUGGGAGGAGAAGAUGAAGGCUCGAGAAGACGCGGUCGCCGGUCGUGACACCGAGUUGGAGCAGUCGGCGCGGGCGCAGGCCGCGGAGCGCAGCCGCCUGGAGGAACUAGAGAAGAAGGUGGGAGCAGAGAAGGCCCAGCUAGAAGCCAAAGCGAAGGUUCUUGCCGAAGAUUGCGUGGCCUUCAAAUCUCUCGAGCUGAGGUCCCGUGAGGCACUGCGGGAGCUCUACGGGAAGGGCUUGAAGAAGCCGUUGGUGACUGAUGAGGAAGGCCCCGCCGAGCUACUCCCUCAUCUUGUCACGGUGCUCGAGGACGUCGUUAACGGGAUCGGCCCCAUGGUGGAGGGGGAAGCCCGCGCGCUCAGGGGGAAGCCCGCGCGCUCUCCUCUUCAGCUCUGA